AUGGUCAACAAUGGAAGUUAUGGUGGAGCACGUGUAAUUUAUGGCGAUACUGAUAGCAUGUUUGUUCUCUGUCCAGGAUCAAGUCGUGCCGAAGCUUUUGAAAUCGGACGAAAAAUUGCUGAUGAUGUGACCAACGCGAAUCCUAAUCCUGUGAAACUGAAGCUCGAAAAAAUAAUGCAUCCACUAAUUUUGGAGUCGAAAAAACGCUACGUCGGAAUGAGUUAUGAAAGUAUCAAUGAAGAUGAAGGAAUUUUUGAUGCUGUAGGUAUUGAAACAGUUCGAAGGGAUUCUUGUCCUCUCGUCUCAAGGGUUCUGGAAAAGGCGCUGCGGUUACUAUUUGAAGGUGAUAUGAGCCGAAUGGUGCGAUAUUUGGACAUGCAACUGUCUAACCUCGAUAAAAUGCCCGUGUCUGAUUUCGUCUUCAGCCGAGAGUAUCGCAAAUCGUAUGCGGAAUCUGCAGUUGUGGCUUCGAAACUCAUUGCUGAGAAGCGAGAAGCUAUUUGCCCUCGUAAUGUACCAGAAGUUGGUGAACGCGUGCCGUAUGUAAUUAUAUCCGGUGAACCGCACAGUACCCUAAUAUCAUGUGUUCGCGAACCCUGGGAAUUCAUUGCUGACCAUCGAUUGACACUCAAUUUUGAGUAUUACGUGCAGCGUCAAGUGCUGCCUUCAUUACAGCGAGCGCUUGAUUACGUGCCGCUCAAGAUUGAAUGGCAUUGCCCGGUCAUUGCCGGUUGCUAUAGGCUUGUUUUUUUAAAUUUUUUUGGCUGUUUUUUUUUUCUUUAA